AUGAGAGAUGAAAUUGCAACAACAGUUUUCUUUGUCACAAGAUUGGUGAAAAAACAUGAUAAGCUGAAUAAACAGCAAAUAGAAGACUUCGCAGAAAAGCUGAUGACAAUCCUGUUUGAAACAUACAGAAGUCACUGGCACUCUGAUUGCCCUUCCAAAGGGCAAGCCUUCAGAUGUAUCAGGAUAAACAACAAUCAGAAUAAAGAUCCCCUUCUGGAAAAAGCUUGUGCUGAGAGUAAUGUGGAUUUUUCUCAACUGGGACUUCCGAAGGAGAUGACCAUAUGGGUAGAUCCCUUUGAAGUGUGCUGUAGGUAUGGUGAGAAAAACCAUCCAUUUACAAUUGCUUCUUUUAGAGGUAGAUGGGAGGAAUGGGAACUAUAUCAACAAAUCAGUUAUGCUGUUAAUAGAGCCUCAUUAGACUACUCCUCUGGCACUUCCUCGGAUGAAGAAAGUUAUGGCAAGGAACCUCAAAUCAUUCCUAAAGUCAGCAAUCCAAAGAGUAUUUAUCAGGGCGAAACCUUGAAACAGCCCUUUCAAUCUUGGUUCCAAAUUCCCCGAAAAAAGAAUGUGGCAGAUGUCCGUGUGGGCCUCCUGGGAAACACUUACCACGCUGCGCACAAGCACCCAAAGUGUCAAAGGCCUGCCGUGCGCCAGGUGGACAGGUACCACUGGGUCAACGCAAACCGAUGAUGCAGAGACUGGGCACAUGAUGGGAGGAGCCCAGAGGAGCAGCUUUAUUCUCUCUUAGAUGAAAAUGAGUCUCAGGUUGAGAGGCCCGUCCGUGAAACAGAAAAAAUGAACACAUUAGGAACUAGGGUGCAUAAUGGUGAAUCCUCUCACAUAGAUCAUGACUCUGUUCUUAGCUGUACUUUUAAUUCUGACUUAAUUUUACAUGAAGUUUUACGUAAUAUUGAUGAAUGUACCCAGUAAGAUAGUAGGAUGAAGAUAUUGACCUGUGUUAAGAUUCAAUGUGGUAUGAAAAGUAACAGUUUAAAUAAACGUACUGUGUUUUUAA